AUGGAGCGUGGGGCCGUGCGGGCCAUGGCGGCCCGGCUGGGCCUGGCCGAGCCCGCCGUGCUCAGAAAAGCUGAGGAGUAUCUGCGGCUGUCCCAGGUGAAGUGCACGGGGUUAAUGGCUCAGAUGACCGCGACGAGCACUGCUGUGAUGUGUCUGGACCUGGCGGCGAGUUUCAUGAAGCAACCAGUUGACAAAAGCUAUUGUGUUAAACUCGCUGGUUUGAACAAGACCACCUACCAAAGCUCCAUGAAGUCUUUGGAGUGUUUGCUAGAGGUGAACCAGAGGCUGGGGAUACGAGACUUGGCUGUGCAGUUUUGCUGCUCAGAGGCAGUGAACAUGGCUUCAGAAAUCCUGCAGAGGUAUGAAGGCAGCCUCUCCAAAGCACAGCGAGCAGACCUGGAUCUCUCCAAGCCCCUGUUUAUAACAGCUGCACUGUGCACUGCAUGCAGGUGUUUGAAGCUAAAAGUGGACAAAACUAAAAUGUUGGCUACAUCUGGAGUGAAAAAAGCAAUAUUUGACCGGCUGUGCAAUCAGCUGGAGAAGAUAAGCCAGCAGCUCAGCAAAGAUGUUCCACCGGCUGCAGAGACACCUGACAGCUUGCAGAGCACCCUGGAGCAGUGUGAGCAGGAAGACGGCUCUGAAGAGGAUGAGGAAGUACCAUGUAAACAGCCAAAGACUGAAACAAAUCAGGAUUAUGAAGAAUGGAAAAAGAAAAUCCUGGAAAAUGCUGCUAAGGCACGAGAGACAAGGAGUACUGACUCUGUAAUGCCACCCAGUAAUGGAACUGCUGCUUGCUCUUAAUUUUAACUCUCCCCUUGCUCCAACAAGAGAUCCAGUAGUAUAUGAGUGAUGGCUGCCUGGCAGACAACUGAUUUUAUUUAGGUUUUCAGUAUUCAGGUUUUUAAUAAAUGACACCACAGAGUGAUGGGAUUUUAUAGGAAGUGUGUGUGACUGCUCACCAGGCUGGAGCAUUAGGGGUAAAAUAGCUUCAUUCUCUUGCUGCAAGAAGUGGGUAACAUUUUAAUGCUACUUUAAGUGUAAAUAAGUUAUAAGUUACAGGCCCUCAGGCCUGGAAGCAGUCAGUGAAAUAAGAGGAAUUGGAACUAAUAGUGCCUUGUUAAACUGCAAAGCCAGCAGAGAAAUAAAGCCUUAUUUUUUUAGGGUUUUUUUUUUGUUGUUUUUAUUAAUAGAUACUGUUUAGUCAA